UUCAGCUUGUUUAUGCAUCAAGUAUGUGAAAGUCAUGAAAGUAAACUGAGUGGUGUUCGAGGUCCAGAACUGCUAAACACUGUUCGCUAUUAACAUUCAGAUAAUCAAUAUACAGUAUUUACUCUCAUGUCAUCAACUUGCACUGGUGAGGGUCUGUUAAUGAUUAGAAUUGAUUCGGACUGUGGAUGAAAAAUAAAUAGGGUAGAGGCUUUUGGCUAUACAAGCAAGCCGCUAGACGAGUUUGGGGAAGAUCGCUAUAUUUGGAACAAGUGCCAUGGCUCGAAGUGUCCUGUGUUUGUGGUGGUGUUUUUCCUUGGUGUUCAUGUACACCAGUGUACACGGAAGUCCAGAACAACAUUCCGACUCUGAUGACCAUGAAAACCGCAUGAAAGCACUGAGCGAUGUGAACAACGAUUUUGCUUUCCGCCUGUACAAAAGCAUUGUGUCUGGUGCUCAGUUCCAGAACGUGUUCUUCUCUCCACUGAGUGUGUCCACGGCACUGGCUGCACUGUCUAUAGGAGCAGGUGGUGAGACUCAUGAACAGCUUCUCAGUGGCCUCGGAUUCAACAAUUCUAUCUUCACCAACGAGGAGAUUCACCAAGCCUUCCUCGAUCUCCUCGAAAACCUCAAUCACAGGACAGAGGUAGAUCUGAAUGUGGGCACUGCUGUCUACGUCAACGACACCUUUAAACCUCAUCCGGAAUUUCUAGAGAACGUGAGGCGUUUCUAUCUUUCCGAUGGCUUCUCUGUCGAUUUCACCAAGAGCAAAGAGACCUCUAAUCAGAUGAACAAAUAUGUCAGUGAAAAGACGCACGGCAAAAUUACAAAGUUUAUAAAAGAUCUGGAUUCACGUACCCUCAUGUAUCUGCUCAGCUUUAUAUAUUUUAAGGGGAAAUGGUCCAUCCCGUUUGACCCGAAAGAUACUGUAGAGAUGAAAUUCUAUGUGGAUUCAGAAACGACUGUUCCAGUUCAAAUGAUGCAAAAGACGAAUUAUUUCUACACGUACUUUGAUCCAGAACUCUCUACCACUGUCCUUCGUCUGGAUUACAAUGACUCGUUCUCCAUGAUCUUGGCUCUAUCUGAUGAUCUCUCUGUUCUGCAAGAGGCUUUGCGUCCACACCACAUAGCUACCUGGAACGGACUGAUGCGUAAAAGGAAAUACAUUAUCCGCCUCCCUAAACUGUCCCUAGAAAUGUCAUAUUCCCUGAUCAACAUUCUGACUGGAAUUGGAAUGAAGGACAUGUUUACAGAUAAAGCUAACUUCAUUGGGAUUACUGACGAAGAAAUAUCCGUUUCUGAGGUUGUACAUAAAGCCACAUUAGAUGUGGACGAAGUCGGCACCACUGCAACAGCUUUGACUAUAAUACGCUUUACAGCACGUACUGGACCCAGAAUUCUGAACUUUAAUAAGCCAUUUAUGAUCUUUAUCAUUGACCAGAAAACAAAGAACAUCCUGUUUAUGGGGAAAAUUGUCAAUCCAAAAAAAUCUGAGAUAACUGAAUAAUAAUCCAAAUGGUUUUCAAACUAUAAAAUGAGAUAUGGAAGCAUUUUUCUUUCUGUAGCUUUUGUAGAUUUUUACAGUGCUUGUUAUUCCACAUACGUCUUCAUACUUGUUCUCCAAACACUUUUUGAGCAUUGAUUUAGCCUGAGUUCAAUUCAAACUGCCUUUAGGAGAGCUUUCAGCAAGAAUGAAGCCAUCUAUUUUUGUUCUUGAUAAAAGAUAUAAUAUUUCACAUAUAUUUUAGUUUCAAUUUUGAGAAUUUCCCAUUGAAAUGUCAGCUAGAAAUCCAGCUGCCACUGGUGAUGUCACUGUGUACUUCACAGCCAUCCAUGUUGUGUGUGGUGAUAAAGUAGAAAUAUACAUGGAUCAAAAGCAGGACAUGCUAUUCUUUAAUAAAUAAAAAUCGUUCAUCGCUGCCUCAGUUUGCACAUUUCUCCCGUCAAUCAAUGCAAUGGUCGAACAUGAUCUUCAGGGUAUUGUCGAGUGAUGCUUCAGAAGGAAAAUCCACAAGAGGAGAGGACGCAGGAUCUCAUCUGUUGCGAGGUCUGAUCAUUAUCAUGCGAUGUACUGUACCUUGAAGAGCGUCGGCAGGAAAAGCAGUGCAAACCCCACGCUGCAUGCUUUAACUGCCGAGAACCACUUCCACAUCCCAAUUCCACACGUAUGCCCAUGGAACAACUAGUUAGCUCUCAAGAUUCUUUAUCUUCAUUACCAUUGCUUGCUGAGUGAAAACAUGCCUAGGGUGCAGGGAGCCAUUGGCAGCAGUGGCAUCUUCCACCCUGAGGACAGUACAGUACAGGCAGUGUUUUGGUGAUGGAGAGGAUGGUGGCUCCAUGCAUUGCAAAAAGAAAUAUCUAUUUUAGCAAGUCAAAUAAUCUCAAAACUUUCUAAUAUUUCCGAAUAAAAGAUAAUACUAAAUUAAAUAUAUAAUUUUUAGUCAGGUUCGAAUCCGCCACCAUUUGUGUGUGAGUUUGCAUGUUCUCCUGGUGCUUUAAGGGUUUCCACUGAGUACUACUAUUUCCUCCACCAGUCCAAAGACAUGCGCUGUAGGCUGAUUGACAUUUCCAAAUUGCCCAUGGUAUGUGAAUGUGUGUGCGAUUGUACAAUGUGGUGGGUUGGCACCCCUUUAUUUAUUAAAUGACAGAGUGUAA